AUGGAAGGAAAAGCCCUGUACGGCUGUUCGCAGAUAGAUGCGUACAAGUUUCAGAGCAAACUGGGCGAAGGAACCUUUGGAGAGGUCCACCGAGGUGUCCAUAACGACACCCAAACCGUAGUAGCUCUGAAAGAGAUAUUACUGCACAACAAGAUGGAUGGCAUGCCCAUGACUGCCCUGCGCGAGAUCCGCAUCCUCAAAUCACUGGACCACCAAAACGUUUUGGAGCUUUUGGAUAUGGCAGUUAAGCAUGGCAGUCGAUCGCUACGCGAACGAUCGACGUUCUAUAUUAUCACGCCCUAUAUGGACCACGAUCUGGCUGGGCUGCUGCAAAAUCCAGUGGUGAGAUUGACAAUACCUCAUAUCAAAUGUUACAUGAGCCAAAUCCUGAAAGGUAUGAACUAUAUUCACCAGCAAAAAUACAUGCACCGAGACAUCAAGGCAGCAAACAUUUUGAUAGACAACCGUGGCAAUGUCAAGCUCGCUGACUUCGGCUUGGCAAGAACCUAUUUUGAACCUCCUCCCACGAGUCAUGGUGCUUCCGCAGCAACUCACAGAUACACUGCCACAGUAGUUACCCGAUGGUACCGCCCGCCUGAGCUGCUGCUCGGGGACCAGUACUACACUACUGCCAUUGACAUGUGGGGUGUUGGAUGUGUGUUUGGAGAAAUCUUCCGUCGCAAGCCUAUUUUCCCAGGCAAAUCGGAUUCGGACCAAAUACACACCAUUUUCAAAGUUUUGGGUUCACCGAAUGAAGACAGCAUGCCUGGACUGAAUGCUUUGCCUGAAAUUCACCAGCUUCCUGCUGAGCCCUACCCACGGACUUUUGAUGCCUUUUUUGAAAACAUCCCGGCAAGUGCUUUGAGCCUGCUUUCUGGGCUUUUGGAAGUCAACCCUUUGACUAGAUUGAGUGCACUGGGUGCUCUAGAAAGCGAGUUCUUCACAACCGGGCCGCCAGAAGCUCAACCCCAUGAGCUUCCUAUUUAUAAAUCCUCGCACGAGCUUGAUGCCCGUCGUCAAAAGCAAUCUCAGCGUGAGAACGAACGCAGCUCUCAAAACAACGGGGAUCCUAAUGCCAAUUUACCUCACCGCCCCGAUCCAAAGUGGGGUGAUCGACGAGGUCCUGAACGGAUCGACCAUCGCCGCAGAACAAGAGCUUUAGGGUUCAAGAUCCCUCACCGACCUAAUUUAAGCGGUUUGGACCUUGUGCCACCAUACCGACGGUCUGAGGCCAAACAGACAGGAAAGGAGGCCAAGCGACCACCACCACCCGCUUUGGACUAUUAG